GUUUGUUUUUCUGCUGAUGCUGCCGUCUGGCUGGGCCAACGUGACGUAUGCGCAAUUUAAUUUAACGCUCUACAAGCAAAUGCCGCCCUUGCACCAGCUGGAUGACUACGAUCUGUGCCUGGGGCACAGCACCUACUGCCUGGUCUACGCGGAGCUGGUGCCCAAUGGCAGCUCCACGCUCUGGCAGCAGAUCGAGCAGCUGUCCCGGGACGAGAAACAUCGCUUUAGGCACGAUCAUCUGUUUGUCGGCGUCUGCCUUCAGCGCUGCCAGCGCGAACUUCACAGCCUCAGCAGGUUUCAGCUGCAGCAGCUGUACGAGGGCCGCGUCACGGACACGCAGCUGAGCAGCUACUAUGCCCGGGUGCACAAGAGAGCCUCCGAUGAGCGCCUGCGCUACGAUCAUCUGGUCAACAGCUGCCUCAACAAGGAGUUUGCACGCAAAUAUCAAUUGCGACUGCGCAGCAGCAUCGAGUACUGCGAACGGGCAGAUGAGCCGCUGGAUCAUGAUGCACUGGACCUGACCGUAUAUGUGCUGCUCGCUCUGAUCCUGCUGUGCACUGUGUUCUCCUCCUUCUACGACUUUCGCCUGAAGCGGCAGCAGACGCUGCCAGCCAGGGCGCGUGGCAACCUGUUCUAUCGGCAGCCUCUGAGGACGCGUGCUGAAAAAUAUUUGUGCGCCUUUUCGCUGUGCCGCAACUAUUAUCGCCUCGUGCUGCCCUCGAGCAGCGUUUGCGGCAAGGAUUUGCGUUUCUUCGAUGCAUUCCGUGUGAUUGGAGUCUUUGUUGUCGUACUGGGGCACACGCUGAUGAUCUUUAUGUCCGUGCAGCUGCAGAAUCCCGAGUUCUUUGAGCAGUUCCUUUACAGAUUCGAGACCUCGAUAUUCCAGAACGGCAACGUCUUCAUCCAGAUCUUUUUCGUGAUGAGCUCCUUUCUGCUCUACGUGAACUUUACGGAGCGCAAGUGGGUCAGCAGCAGCUCGAGCAUUUUCGACUGCAUCCGGGUCUACUUCAGUGUGUUCCUCAGCAGAUAUUUGAGGAUGUUGCCAUCUCUGGCCCUGAUCAUUCUGUUCAACGGCAGCAUCCUCAGCAGGCUGGGCGAUGGACCCUUCUGGCGACAUCUGACCGAGGCCGAGAGGAUAUUUUGCCGCGAGACCUGGUGGAAGAACAUAAUAUUCAUCAACAACUAUAUGCUGCAGGAGAGUUGUGCCCAGCAGACCUGGUAUAUGGCCGCCGAUAUGCAGCUCUUUGAGCUCUUUCUAAUUGUCAUCAUCGUGACAAAAAAGUAUCCCGACCUGACCCGAUCUAUCUAUAUAUUGCUGAUUAUCUCGAUAUUUGCCGUGCCCGCACUCUUGACCUAUUACCUCAAGCUGGACGCCGUCUACCACAUGAGGCCAGAAACCUAUCGAUAUUUGUACUUUCGUGAUGCGGAGACCUUUUACCAGAUAUAUCCGCCCUUCUAUACCAAUCUGGGCGGCUAUUUGAUGGGCUUUCUCUGCGGUCAGCUUUAUCUCAAGCAGCGCUCCAGGCCGGAUUCGGGCAGCUUUAAGGUCAAAUGGCAGCUGGAACUGGGCAUGUGGCUGCUGGUGCCGGCAGCUCUGCUGAUACUCUGCUCGGGCUAUAUAUUUAUCAGGCACGACUUUGAAAAGCCUUCCGUCUGGCUGGCUCUCUAUGCCGGCAUCUAUAAGAAUCUGUGGAUUCUGAUUUGUGCGGCUUUUGUUAGCUGCAUGUGCUACAAAGUGGGCUGGUUGGCCUACGAAUUUUGCUCGCUGCCCAUUUUCCGGCCUUUGGCGCGCAUUUCCUUUCAGGCUUUUCUCUGGCAUGUCUUUGUGCUGCGCCUGGUUGCGGGUUACUUCCGGCAGCCCAUCUAUGUGAACAGCUUCUAUUUGUUUGGAAAUGUGCUGUUGGUUUUUGUGCUCACGCAAAUUAUUGCAUUCUUUGCGGCGCUGUUAUUUGAAUAUCCGCUGGCAGAGCUCUUAAAAUUGCUGACAGUGCAUGAGAAAACGGCUGUUGAGCAAAAAGAGACUACAAACAAUUUAAAUGUAUUUCAAAUUGAGUUUAAUUCCCGUUAAUAUGUGAACAUUUAAACUGAGUUCAAACAAAAUGCUAGUAUUAAGCCGUUAGGGUGACCAACAGUAAGAUAAGGCGUGCCAACCAUUCAGGAUUUGGUAUAUUGUGCGA